AUGGCUCUCAGCAGGUUGGUUGCGCCGCGGCGUCUGCUCAUGCGCUCAACUGCCAUCAGCGCGCAGCAGUUUGGAGUUCUAAGUGUCUUCGGUGGGAACGGUGAAAGUGUCCCCGCCAGCCCUAGUGCCCUAGUGAAACAGGUCCGUUGGAUCAGUGCCAGUUCUCGGGCUGGGGAGAAGCUGGCCACUGCUAAGGUGGUCCCGAAGCACGACUGGAACCGGGCCGUUAGUGAAGCAGAGCAGAUCGUCGGUUAUCCUACGUCGUUUCUGAAUCUUCGAUUUCUGCUCAGCGACGAAAUAGCGAAUGUGGCACUUCAUUUGCGCAAACUUAUUGGAAGCAAUCAUCCGUUGCUGAAGUCAGCUAAAUCGCUCAUCUACAACGACACAAGCCAGCAGGCAUGGGGCCUGAUCAUACUACUGAUUUCCAAGGCGGCCGGUCACACCGCUUCCGUUCCGGAGAUGGACCAAGACCGCAGCGUUGGAGUACUGCAUUCCCAGCGAGCGCUGGCAGAGGUCACGGAAAUGAUCCGAAGCUCGCAGCUGAUCCAUCAGGGUAUAAUCAAUCUACAGUCGAUGGAUAAUGCGGGAAAUGACCUCAGCGGGGAUAGUGAUAUGAUUUUCGGCAACAAGAUCGCACUGUUGGGUGGUGAUUAUUUGCUAGCUCACGCCAGUAAGCAGAUUGCCACUUUAAGAAACCAAGACCUAAAUAUGCUUAUGACAUCAGCCUAUCGAGAUUUAGCGGAGUCCGCAUUCAUCGGCGACAGUGACGAUCAGAACAAUCCACUUCCAUCGAAAUCGGAGAAACCACCAGGAUUUUCCACACCGGAAUGUACUUUAGAGGAGUUGGAUUUCGGUGACGUGCAGAACAACCUGGCCCCAUUGAUGAUUGAUGGUGUCAUGGGUCACCCGGAGAAGGAGUGGUCACUGAGGCAUGUUCUCGGUGGCGGUAGUCUGCUGGGAAAAAGUUGUCAUGGUGCGUUGAUGCUGGCUGGGCACCCGGAAGAACUUCAAAAGCAAGGCUAUCUAUUCGGGAAGCACAUGUCCCUUGCUUGGCAGGCGUCCAUCGAGCUCCAGCCUUUUCUCAUGAAUAAACUGCCAUUGGGGGCUCAGUUCAGCUUGGUUUCCGCUCCGGUUCUGUUUCACAUGGAGUAUGAUCCAAGCAUAUACAAGAUCAUCGAAAAAGGCCGAAAGUCUGUGGAGGAUGUCGAUUAUUCAGCUCUACACAAGGAAGUCUGCCAAGGGCCAGGAAUGGAGAAAACAAGGAACCUCCAGAAAAAGCACAGCCUAGCUGCUAUGAAUGUUCUGGAUCGAUUCCCUCCGACGGAUGCACACACAGCACUUCAGAAUAUCAUUCUAGCUAUGCAACAAUUGUGAUUUUUUUCUUGAAUUUAUUUGAUCGGUGUUGUCGACGUUUUACUUAUAAGUGGUUUAAUAUUUACAUAAAAUAAUUUUGGAAUAUUUACAUAAAAUUAGAAAGACAAGUUGUUUGAUAAGAAGUCAUGCAAGAAACCAAUUCGAAGAAAAUGCUCUGGCCAAGAUUUGAUUCUGCAUUGUAUAAAACAAACAAUAACUGUAGAUAGAACUCACGAUGAAUUUUUAUAAAGUAAUAAAUCUAAUAAAUUUUUUAUCGUUUAAGGUAUGCAUGCAUAUUUGGAUCUUACGCGUAUAUUUUUUCUAAAAGUAAUUUCACCUAUUUGUUACUAGUUCCCAACGAAUUCUUCGUUAUUCCUACUCGUUUCCCAUUUGUUCGAAGGAAAAUCUUAUUUUUUAAGAUGUCGCUAUCAACUGCAUACCCAAGAAAAUACAUUUUACAAAAACUUUAAACUCUUUGUUGUUUUACAACUUUCUCGAAACCAUUUCUUUCGGCCAU